AAACAAAUCAGUCUCGCUUGUUGCACGAUUAGAGGUGGAUGUUGACCUCCGCCGCGAUAAAUGACGAAAAAAAAUCGCUGUAUAAAUUAAAUACGGUGUUAUUGCAAUACUUAAGCCAUUGUUGUGUUGAUAAAAUGAGUGAAAAAGUGUGAUAUAAUUUUAUAUUAAAAGCGUAGGUAAAUAGCAGUAAGUGCAUUCGUGAAAAUGAAUGGUAAAUUGCACAGUGAAACGGGGCCCACUUUCUCGGCCGACGACAUGCGUGCCCAAAUAUUAAAUCCAUUUGUACACAAAUUAGAAUUGGAUAACACAUACGACAAAAUACGGACGGCGAUUUUCACAGUAAUUUUAUUGCCUUUCCGGGUGAUAGUGAUCCUCUUUCUGAUCGUCACGGCAUGGUUCCUUGCGUGUAUAGGCCUCUAUGGGCUGACCGAGGACGACCUGAGGGAGAAACCCAUGACUGGCUGGAGAAGCAAGCUGCGCUUCUCGAUUCUCUCUCUCAUACGCUUGGUGGUGGUAGCAGCCGGGUUCCACCGGGUGCGGAUAUUGGGUCGAGAGCACGUGCCUUCCAACCGGCGGGAAGCCCCAGUAAUCGUGAUCGCCCCACAUUCUUCCUACUUCGAUGCAAUAGCCAUCGUAUGCCUUGGAGCACCCAGCGUGGUUGCUAAGGCGGACACAGCAAGACUGCCCUUCAUAGGACAACUAAUAAACUACACUCAGCCGGUGUACGUGUGGCGCGAUGACCCCAACUCGAGACAAAACACUAUCAAGGAGAUCAUAGAGCGAGCGACCUCCAAAGAAGACUGGCCUCAGGUGCUAAUAUUCCCAGAAGGCACGUGCACGAAUCGGUCCUGCUUGAUCACGUUCAAGCCGGGUGGAUUCUACCCCGGCGUGCCCGUCCAACCCGUCACUAUCCGCUACCCCAAUGCCAAAGACACGGUCACUUGGACCUGGGAUGGACCUGGCGCAUUAAAACUGUUAUGGCUGACGUUAACCCAAGUGCACAGUUCGUGUGAGAUCGAAUUCCUGCCGGUGUACUACCCCAGCGAGGAAGAGAAACGUGACCCUAAGCUUUACGCGAGGAACGUCAGAGAUGUUAUGGCCAAAGCACUAGGAGUACCAGUGCUAGACUAUACAUACGAUGAUUGUCGUCUAAUCGCGCAGGCUAAGCAGAUGGGCAUUCCGGGAGGAGCGUUCGUUAGGGAAGUCAGUGAGCUACGGACAUUGCUCGGAUUGACGCGAACACAGCCAGAGUUGGAUCUGGCGCGCAUGGGAGUGCAGGAACAGACACGAUGGGUGUCUGCGCAAGAGUUCGCGCAGAGGCUCGGCGUGCCGCACGACUCGCGCUUGCUACGACUCUACAAAAUAUUUGAGCAUAGAACUCUCGGGAUGGUGUGUUUCCCAGACUAUCUUCUGUGUGCGGUGUUCCUGUCAAUACCACAUGUGACUGUGAGCCAGCUCCUAGAAUAUGCUUUUAAGUUAUAUGACACAACGGGCACGGGGCGGCUAAAGAUGCACAACUUCGAAGAGGUAGCGACGCGCUGUCUCGGUCUCUCGCACGAAGAGGCGCAGAACACGUUUCGACAAGCCGACCUCGACGAAAAGGGGUACCUUACUUAUGAGGACUUUAUGUCAUUCUUCCAAAACGAAUCGGAUUUCUCGUUAAACUUCAUAGAGGCGCCACAGAAGAAGGUGCAGUGAGGGUCGCCGGUUCACAUCCCGACAGUCUGCAGCCAAGUACCUUAACGUUAGUUAUAAGGCGGAAACAAAUUAUAGAACGCAGAUACAUAACUGUAAUGAUCCAGACUCCAGAUCCCAUCCAGAUACACAUAUAAGUUGCGACAGAUGCGUCCAUCAGUCGCAACUAAUAUAUGUAUCUGGAUGGGACAUUGAACUGUCAAGCUUGCGGACGUAACCUUGAGCGCUCGGACGUCCGAGCGAUAUCUCGCAAGCCGCAACUCAAAGCAGAGCUAUCAGUUGCGGACGCGGCUUACGGACGCCUCCCAUAGUUUGUUUCACGCUAUAGACAUACUUUAUGUGUAGUACAAUCCAAAUACUAGUGAUCUUUGCAAUAACUUGAAUUAGUAGGCUUAGUAAAAGUUGGCACAUCUCGACAGUGUCUUUCGAUUUCCAGUAUCGAAAUACUAUAACGUAAGACGUAACGUAGAGUAAAAUAAACCUUAAGUGCCAUGUUUUAAAGUACAUUCAGUAUUACCGAUUUUUAAUACAGCAAAAUGAGGUCUCUGAGCCUACUUGGUUGAAUUUGCAUUUGCCCGUUCGUCUGUCAGAGCAUUAUAACUUCUGAAUUAGUUCACAUACUUAUACAUACUCAUAUUUAUACUUGUACAUUUUUACACUUUGUGAAGUUUACAAUUAAUAUGUAAAUCAAUGGUCCAAUGCUUAACAAAUACUAACUUUAGUCAGUUAUCAAAUAAUUCUACACUUUUUCCCUUCACAGGGAGAGAGAGAGAGAUUAAGAACCUAAUAAUUAUUUCAGUAUAAAAUAGUGUAGAACUUUAUGACUUUAACAUUAUAGUGUAUCGAAUUAUGAUACUCGACAUCUACCCACGUUGUCGAGAAGUGCAACCUCGUACUAUGCCUGUUGAUUUGACAUAAAACGCGUCCAUUUGCGUAAUCUAUCACGUAGUUUAAUAAUUGUAUAAAUACAAUUAGUGCCAAAAAAGAAACGAAACGAAAAUAGCGGUGUCAAUCAAUCUCUCACUCUCUCAUACACACUAACUUUGCAUAGUGUGCGAGUGAGAGGGAAUGAUUGACGCUAUCAUUUUCGAUUCGUUUCUUAGCACGAGUUAUAAUGUAGGUAGAAUAAUUAAUUAAUUAUUUACUUAAUUUGCAAUACCUAGUAGUAGUUCUGCAGACAUAGGGAAUGUGAAUACAUGAAUACUGAGUAGAAAACCACUGAGCAAUUAUUAAUUAUGGUUUUUUAGUGAUUAUAGUUCAAUUAUAUGAUAAUUACUGUAUUAGUGAACGUAACAAGUAAUUUAAAAGUCGCAGGUUCGAAUACUGAGGUUGUUAUGUGCUUAAAUGUGUAUGAAAAUGUAUAAAGAAGUUUUAGUGUAUUUAAUAAAUCAAAUCACAUAGUCUGCAUAGUGAAACACGAAUGAGUUUGUUUCGCUAACUCCCUUUCCAAACCAGUGUCCAAUUGAAGGACGCGUGCCUUCAAUGAGGAACUUUCCAGUGAACGUUCCAUAAAAUUAUCAUAGAUGUCUUUGAAUGCAUAGCUCGCCGUGGCAGAAAAAUACUGUGUGUGCCCUUGAGAUUGUUUUUUUAGGUCAUUCAACAUAUUCAAUGAUAUAAUAUGACGAGUAACUGUUUAGUUUAUAGACACAUCUAAAGUAAAGCAGAAAUAAAUAAAAACGAAAACGAAAAACUGGCGAAUGGCUGACGUAGGAAUAUGUCCAUAAACUAAACAUUUACUCGUCCUUUACUCGUCAUAUUAUAUCAUUGAUUGACCUAAGAAAAAAAAAUCUAAAGGGCACAGACAGUAUUUUUCUGCCGCGGUGAGCUAUGCAUUCAGAGACAUCUAUGAUAAUUUUAUGGAACGUUCGCUGGAAAGUUCCUCAUUGAACACGGAUUUGGAAAGAAGUUAGCGUCACAAGCCCGUGUGUGUUUCAAGGCUGUACUGCCUUCUGUUGCACACGGAAACUUAAGGGGCAAGCGACGGGUCUGCCCGCGA